AUGACUGCUGCCGUAGACAGCUCCAAUACGGAGCUCAGCCAACAAUAUGACACUCCUCUCGGCCUGGCUCACUCAACCAUGCAGGCCCUGAAGGAUAGGAUCAAGCUCCAUUACGAUCUCGCCAGUGACUAUUACCUGAGCCUCUGGGGUGAACAUAUACACCACGGCUACUGGGAAGAGGGCUCCGAGACCAAGGAACAAGCCCAAGUCAAUCUCAUUCAGCUGCUGCUGAAGCUCUCCAACGUGGGGGAGAACAGCAAAGUCCUCGACGUCGGCUGCGGUAUCGGCGGUACCUCCCGCUACCUCGCCUCGACCCUGGGCUGCUCGGUCACCGGUAUCACCAUCUCGACCAAACAGGUUGAGAUCGCCAAACGACUGACCAAGGCUGAGGCAUCGAAGGAGUCGGAGAAGCCCGAGGUUGAAGCGGACAGCGAUGGCUUCUUCCGUCUCGGCCGGGGCAAGGUCCGCUUCAUCGAGCUCGACGCGGAGAAGAUGGGCGAGUUUUUCGCCGCCGAGGGGGGUUCCUUUGACGCGGUUUGGAUCAGCGAGGCCCUGAGCCACUUCCCCAACAAGGCUCUGUUCUUUGAGAACUCGUUCAAGGUGCUCAAGACGGGUGGGAAGUUGGCGCUGGCGGACUGGUUCAAGGCUGAGGGCAUCAGCGAAACGGAAUUUGCAAACGAUAUCAAGCCUAUUGAAGAUGGCAUGCUCCUACCGCCGAUGUGCACUCAACAAGGAUAUGUCAACCUAGCCAAAGGCGCCGGCCUUUCCUCUCUUGCGGGGCCAAAGGAUAUCAGCAAGGAUGUGAGCAGGACAUGGGAUAUCACCUGGUCUCUCAUCCAGAACCCAUCUCUCUGGGCCUUCGCCUUCAGCCAGGGACGGGACGGCAUCGCCUUUUUGCAAUCUUUCCGUGCGAUGAGGCGGGGAUACGCAAACGGGACAUUCCGGUAUGCCGUGAUGUCAUUUGAGAAACCAGUGAAGAACGCAAGCUGA